AUGACCUCUUUAACGCACAAUGACUACACAAUCGCGUGGAUAUGUGCCUUGCCGCUGGAGGUGGCGGCGGCCCGAGCCAUGCUGAACAAAAUUCACUGUUGUUUACCUAGGACCCUCAGCGAUCCCAAUGCCUACGAACUUGGCGAAUUGAACGGCCACUAUAUCGUCAUUGCCUGCCUACCAGCUGGCGUAUACGGCACAGUGUCAGCCGCGACUGUUGUGUCUCGCAUGUGUGUAGCAUUUCCUCGACUUCAAUAUGGACUGAUGGUGGGAAUUGGAGGCGGCGUCCCGGGCAAAAACAACGACAUUCGUCUAGGUGAUGUGGUGGUCAGCAAACCGGUUGGAAAGUACAGUGGGGUGAUACAGUAUGAUUAUGGAAAGGCAGUUCAAGGUGGACAUUUCGAGCCAACAGGCACAUUAAAUAAACCACCGCAAGCUCUUUUAACACAUAUGAGUCAACUUGAAGCAAAACAAAUGACUGGGGGCGAAGAUGAUGUUUUAAAGAUAGUGUUGGAAGUACUAGAGCGAAACCCUAACAUGCAGGAGAGAUUUUCACCCCCGGAACAGCACACAGACACUCUUUUUCACUUCUCCUAUCACCAUGCCGACAAGGAAGAUAGCUGUAAAAAGUGCGAUACACGAUAUCUAAUUAAACGGCAACCACGUGAUACCAGGACACCUUCUAUUCAUUAUGGAUUGAUUGCAUCCGGAGAUCAGGUGAUGAAGGACUCGGAAACGCGAGAUCGUCUUGCACAACGGCAUGGAAUACUCUGCUUUGAGAUGGAGGCAGCAGGCCUUAUGGACGAGCUUCCAACACUUGUGAUCCGAGGGAUAUGCGAUUAUUGCGACUCCCAUAAACAAAAGGAGUGGCAAGGAUAUGCAGCUUUGACAGCGGCUGCCUAUACGAAAAUACUGUUAUCAGUCAUGCCUAUCUGCCGCACAGACCGAGACUUGAUAAAGUGCAAUCGAGUGCGGCACUGGGUGGUCUCACUAGCAAAAAAUCCAAAGUUUGUCGGUCGUCAUGAUGAAAUCACAAAGCUAGAAAAUUUGAUAACAAUGCCGGAUGGCCCCAGGAGGAUUGCAAUCACCGGUUUAGGAGGGGUCGGGAAAACUCAAGUGGCCCUUGAGCUAGCACACCGCAUAUGGGACCAGGAUAAAGAGCGCUCGGUGUUCUGGAUCCCCUGUACAAGCCACGCCAUGAUUGAACAGACAUUCCUGAGAUUUGCCGAGACACUUGGGCUUCACAACGUGAAGCCAGCAGAGGUUAAAGAACAGAUCAAAAUAUACCUCAGUUCCGAGCGUGCAGGAAAGUGGCUAUUAAUUUUUGAUAAUGCGGAUGAUGCCGAGAUGUGGUUAACAGCUAAUGACAAAUUUCCGGCCCUUGAGGAUCUUCUCCCUGAGGGUGGACAGAAUCGUAUUCUGUUUACUACCCGAAACCGAAAACUCGCCAUGAAACUGGCACCAUUCAACGCUGUUCCAAUUCCAGACGUGAAUAAAGAAACCGCAUUAAAGAUUCUGGAAAGUACAUUGACAAAUAAGGGCUUGCUUAAAGAUAGCAUGAUAACAGCUACUCUUCUAGAGCAACUGGCUUUUCUUCCUUUGGCAAUUGCGCAGGCAUCAGCAUAUAUUAUUGAAAACGGUAUUAAUUUAUCUACUUACCUUGCACUUCUCCAAGAGCAGGAACAAGAUACUGUGGAACUCCUUAGCGAAGAUUUUAGGGAUCCAGGACGCUACAAGGAUAUCCAGAACCCCGUGAUCAAUUGCCUUGCUAGUGAUGGGAGAUACUAUGAAGCAGAGUUAUUUUAUAACAAGCUGAUGAGGAUCAACCAGAACAAGAUUGGCCCAGAGCAUCCUGAUACUCUGACCAGCAUCGAGAGCUUGGCAUCAACCUACUGGAAUCAGGGACGAUGGAAUGAAGCUGAGAAGCUGGAGGUGCAAGUAAUGGAGACAAGGAAGACUGUGCUGGGAGCUAAGCAUCCCGAUACUCUAACCAGCAUGGCGAAUCUGGCAUUAACCUACCGAAGCCAAGGACAAUGGAAUAAAGCUGAGAAGCUGUUUGUGCAUGUAAUGGAGACAGGAACGACUAUGCUAGGAGCUGAGCAUCCUGAUACUCUAACCAGCAUGACGAAUCUGGCAUCAACCUACCGAAGCCAAGGAAGAUGGAAUGAAGCUGAGAAGCUGGAGGUACAAGUAAUGGAGACAAGAAAGGCUGUGCUAGGAGCUGAGCAUCCCGAUACUCUAACCAGCAUGGCGAAUCUGGCAUCAACCUACUGGAAUCAGGGACGAUGGAAUGAAGCUGAGAAGCUGGAGGUGCAAGUAAUGGAGACAAGGAAGACUGUGCUGGGAGCUAAGCAUCCCGAUACUCUAACCAGCAUGGCGAAUCUGGCAUUAACCUACCGAAGCCAAGGACGAUGGAAUGAAGCUGAGAAGCUGGAGGUGCAAGUAAUGGAGACAAGAAAGGCUGUGCUAGGAGCUGAGCAUCCCGAUACUCUAACCAGCAUGGCGAAUCUGGCAUCAACCUACUGGAAUCAGGGACGAUGGAAUGAAGCUGAGAAGCUGGAGGUACAAGUAAUGGAGACAAGGAAGACUGUGCUGGGAGCUGAGCAUCCCGAUACUCUAACCAGCAUGAAUAAUCUUGCCUAUACUUGGAAAUCUCAGGGAAAGCUUCAGGAUGCCUUGGCUCUAAUAAAAAAAUGCUCUGAUCUGCGCAGCAGAGUAUUAGGGCCUAAUCACCCGCGUUCCAGAUCCUCCUCUCGUGCUCUUGGUGAAUGGAUAGAUGAGUACAAUUCAUUACUUGAUCGAAGACCUUUCACUAAAGAAGGAUGUCCGCAGCAUCUGCCACAAGUUUCAGCAGAGUCUCCAGCAACUGUGGUGAAGCGUAUCAAUCUACCUUAUACCCAAGGACGACCAGCUACUCAAUUAUUUCCUGGAACUCAUCCUCUUAUCAUAGCUUCUAGAACACCGUCACCCGCGCCGCAAGGCCGAGACUUACAAGAAGUGGAUUAA